AUGGUCACAUUUGUUCUGUUGGAGGCUGAAAACCAUUCUAGUCUCAUGGAGUUGAUAGAAUAUGCAACUAUAAAGUCCAUGAAGUUUUCGGUAGCGACAGAUCUGAGCAAACUGUUUCCAAGCACCAGCGCCGAUGCAGAAAAAGUUCAACAGCCGAACGGGGUUACCGUCACUACCAGCGGGUCAAACGCGGCGAGCACCAGUGCCAAGAAAGCUACUACUGAAACUGCAGCAUCGAGCACUUUGGAAGGUAGAGGCAGCGAAUCCGGGACAAUUUCGGCAGCUCUUCUUUUGGAAGAGUCAACAUCAGCAAAUUUUGAAAACGUGAAGAAGGAGGCAAGCGAAAUGGACGGCUGGGAGAAUGAGGCAUCGACUACAGCAGUACUAAAUCUGCUGGACUCAUCGGCAUGGUCUACUGCUGGAACUGCAAGUGAAAGGGUGAGUAAAGAUACAAGAUAGUU